AUGUCAUUUGAUGAAUUUAAACGUCUUCUGACAACUUAUCCAUUAUUUUUAGAAUAUCCAGAUCCAUCAACUCCAUUUAUUUUAACAACUGAUGCAUCAAAUAUUGGAAUAGGUGGAAUUUUACGGCAAGACACACCGAAUGGCACAAAAAUUAAUUAUUUUAAAUCACGUAUGUUAGAUGAUACCGAACGUAAAUAUGAUACAAUUGAACAAGAAGCAUUAGCUAUUUUUUGGUGUCUAUCUGAACUUCGAUCAUAUAUAGGUGAUUCUGAUUUGAUUAUCGAAACUGAUCAUAAACCACUUGAAAAUUUUCAUAAGAAACAAAUCAAUAAUAAAAGAGUAAUGAAUUGGCUUUUUAAAUUACAAGAUAUACUGCCACAAAUUAUUGCAGUCAAGCAUCGUCCAUGUGCACAUAACGCAGCUGCUGAUUAUAUUUCACGACACUUUCCACCAUCAACAUCUACCAACAUUAAUCCAUCUACCGCAGCUGUAACACAUGAUGAUUGGCCAAUUGGUACUGACAAUUGGGAUGAACAAGUACCCAAACCACAACGUACACAAUGUACUCCACCAUCUAUUUUAGAACACACUUGUACUCGGAAUGCGAGUAUCAACGCAGAAAUUAAUGCUGGUACAACCAGAGCACAAUCAAAACUUCAAGCUCAACCACAUACCUCUUCACCAAAUGCAUCAUCCACAUCAACUACAUCUCAAUCUACGUGUUCGUCUCUGCCGAUCACUACUCCAUUACAUGAUUUUAGUUUAUCACGUAUACGUUCUGAACAAGCACAGGACGUAAUUAUUCAACAAAUAAUCCAACAAAUUCGAAAUAAUCGUCGCUAUGAAUCGUUUAUUAUUCAACAUGGUAUUCUGUAUAAAUUAGUUAACCGCGAUGAUACUACUAUUAAACUUGUUUAUGCACCUUCGAAAUUAAUUCCAGAAAUAAUGACUACUUAUCACGAUCAUCCAUUAAGUGGUCAUUUUGGUACUGGACGUACAUGGUCUAUGCUAAGAAACACAUAUUAUUGGCCACGUAUGAAAGAUACAGUAACAUCUUAUAUUAAAUCAUGUGAUAAAUGUUCACAAUUUAAUGUGAAUCGGCGUAAACCUCCAGGAUUUUUACAACCUAUUAAACCUCCUAAUGAAGUUUUUCAAGUUUUAGGUAUGGAUUGGUGGGGACCCACCACCACUUCGCUUUCUGGAAAUCGAUAUGUUUUAGUUAUCACUGAUCGUUUAUCUGGUUAUGUUUUUGCUAAAGCAUCACCUACAAAUACAGCACAUGAUACUGCUCGUAUAUUAAUGGAAGAAAUUAUCUUAGUUCAUGGUUCACCCGACACAAUUAUUACUGAUCAAGGCACGCACUUCAAGAACGAACUCUUACAAGCUAUUUCACAUUUAGUUGGUUGUAAACAGAUUUUUUUUGACACCAUAUCAUCCACAAACAAAUGGGCAAACGGAACGAUGGAAUUCGACAUUCGUAACACAAAUCGCCAAAUAUUGUAA